AUGGGAAGUGGUUUAUACCACUACUUUGGAGUAGCUGCAGGGCUUAUGGCAGAGGCCUCAGGCGGAUUGCUCCCCAGCGGGUGUUCCACGCUGUCGCUCUCUAUAAACGUAGAUGGACUUCCAAUCUCACGAAGUUCUCGUAAGCAGUUCUGGCCAGUGCUUGUUCUGGUGAAAGAAAGCCGCGGUCAGAACCCUUUCGUGGCGGCAUUGUAUGAAGGUGAUGGGAAACCUGAAAACGUGGAACUCUUCAUGAAGGAUUUUGUUGAGGAACUGUCAGUGUCGUUGACCCAGGGCAUCCAUCUGAAUAGCAAAUUGUAUACAGUAAAACUACAUUCAUUUAUCUGUGAUGCUCCAGCCAGGGCCUACCUCAAGUGCAUCAAAGGGCACACUGCAUACUAUGGUUGUGAAAAGUGCAGUCAGAAGGGAAAACAUGAUGGAAAGAAAGUUACCUUUCCGGAUAUUGAUGCUCCAUUACGCACAGAUGAAGACUUCACCAACCAAGUGAAUGCAGACCAUCAUCAUGCUGUUCCACCACUUUCAGCACUAGGUGUAGGCCUUGUGAGUUGCUUUCCUCUGGACUACAUGCACUUGGUGUGCUUGGGCGUCAUGAGAAGAUUGAUUGUGCAAUACUGGACCUCACCCACACCUUCAGCAUCGAAGUUGCCCAUAAGGUCCCAACUUGAAAUAUCCGACAAGUUGAUAAGCUUUCAGUCAAGCACACCUUGCGAGUUUAACCGCAAGCCACGUUCCCUCAAAGAACGAGACCACUGGAAGGCAGUAGAGUUCCGGAGCUUUUUGCUGUACUUUGGGCCAGUUCUUCUUCGAAGUAAUUUGGACAAACACUUCUAUGCCCACUUCCUGAAGCUGAGCUGUGCUAUGACGAUUCUAGCCAGCCCAAAGUUUUUUUUGACGCACUGCGAUGUGGCAGAGUCCCUCUUGAGAGAGUUUGUUCGCGAUGCCGGUUCCCUUUAUGGGGAUGGGGUGUAUGUUUAUAAUGUGCACUCCCUGAUCCACCUGACACAGGAUGUUCGGCGGUUCGGUCCUGUGGACUUGUUCUCUGCCUUCCCUUUCGAGAACUUUCUUGGGAAACUAAAGAAGAUGGUCAGAGGUCGUGCAUUGGCUUUGCAGCAAGUCAUUAGAAAAUACUCGGAACUCAACGCUGCAACCAAAACAACCCGUGAACAACAGAAGUGUGGCAUGCAAGGGCCACACCGAGAUGGACCUGAGCCGCCAAACUUCGAGGGAACUCAGUACAGUGAGCUACUCCUAGAUGGCACUCAUCUUUCUCUCAAGCCUUCAGACAACUGUGUGCAGCUGAAAGAUGGUAACAUCAUUCUUGUUAGGAACUUCAUCGGAUCGGGUAAAGAGCAAAGCAUCUGCGGGCAGUUCUUCCAAUGUCUGAACAACCUGUAUACAACUAAUGUGCCUUCAUCAGAACUAGGAAUUUUUAAGGCCACCAGUCUUUCCAGGCAGUACUCAUUGUGGAGUGUGAAGGACAUCAAGUGCAAGUGCGUCUGUUUGCAGUAUCAACAGUGCUAUGCUGUUUUUCCACUAGUUCACCUGCAAGUGUGA